CCUUUGCUGAUCCGACCUCAGAGUGUGGGUCAUACGGUGAAUGUUGAGCAAGUAUGGCGAAUCCGAGAGAUGUUAUAUUUUUUCCUGUCAGUGUUUUUGUCUAAAUGAAAGCAGAACCUUCUCUGCAGACUAUAACUUUACCUAGAAGAGUGCUAUAGACUGACGGUGUCAAUAGACUUGAAUCUGUUCAGAAAAAUGAACACGGCACCAACUGGAAUUCUUCCCCUUCUUCAUCGUGUUGCUGCUCUGUAUCAUGUACAGACUAAAACAGCAUUAAGGAAAUCCCUUUGUAAACCAACUUUAAAAAUGUACUUUGCUUCACCCUACACCCUCCAACAGAGAAGGUGUGUUUCUGCGGAGGCUGCUAUAAGGCAUAUUGCAGAUUUGACUGACAAGGAAAACAGACUACUGACUAGGCUCUACAAUGGACUUAUUGUGGGACAAAGGGCAGCUCUCGCAGAGUCUAUAACCCUUGUGGAGACCCAGCAUCCAAGGAAGAAGGAGAUGGCCCAGGUUCUACUUCAGAAAGUGCUGGCCUACCGUCAGGAGCAGGAGAGACGUAAUGGUGGGAAACCAGUGGCCUUCAGAGUGGGGCUGUCUGGUCCCCCUGGUGCCGGAAAGUCUUCGUUCAUUGAGAUUAUCGGGAAGAUGUUGACAGGAAGAGGGCAUAAAGUUUCAGUACUAGCUGUAGAUCCUUCCUCAUGCACGACUGGAGGUUCACUGAUGGGGGACAAGACACGAAUGACAGAGCUCUCCAGGGACAUGAACGCUUACAUCCGACCAUCUCCCACCUCAGGAACUCUCGGUGGAGUGACGAGAACCACCAAUGAAGCCAUCGUCCUCUGUGAGGGCGCAGGUUACGACAUUGUAUUAGUUGAAACUGUGGGCGUUGGACAGUCCGAGUUUGCGGUAGCUGAUAUGGUGGAUAUGUUUGUGCUGCUGAUCCCACCAGCAGGGGGCGAUGAACUACAGGGAAUCAAAAGAGGCAUCAUUGAGAUGGCUGACCUGGUGGUAGUUACAAAAUCAGAUGGCGAUUUGAUUGUUCCGGCACGGAGAAUUCAAGCAGAAUACACAAGUGCCCUGAAGUUGCUUCGAAAGAAGUCCAAAGUCUGGAAACCGAAGGUGAUCCGCAUAUCCUCUCAGACAGGCCAAGGUAUUCCUGAGCUGUGGGACACAGUGUUACAGUUUCAGGAUGCAAUGCUGAGCAGUGGUGAGCUCCGAGUCCGCCGGCAAAAUCAGCAGAAAGUGUGGUUGUGGAAUUUAAUCCAGGAGAACGCUCUCCUCAACUUCCGGCAGCAUCCGGCCGUGUGUGCCGAGCUCCCGGAGCUGGAAUUAAGGGUCACACAUGGAGAUAUUUCACCCGGCCUUGCUGCUGACCUCCUCCUGAAAGCCUUUACAACCACACAGUGAUGAAAGGACAUUCCAUGGGAAACAGAAAUCUUGGGUUUCAAUAUUAGAAAGAUUGAGUCUUCUUACUGUUGAUGUACUGCAUCUUGCCUGGUUUUAAAGGAUUUUAAUGUCUGAUGAGUGUCAUAAACUGUCCAAAGUGAGUACAGCUGUAUAAAAAUGUGAAACAAACUUAUUACUAAUGUUACAUCUUUCACACAACACUCUGCACAAAUACUGCCUGUAUGCAUACUGUAUAUUUGUAUACUUUGAUAUUUAAUUAUCCCUUGAGAAAUUAAAGACUUGUCGUCAAUGAAAUAGUUUUGAA